AUGGACACUUCUUUGCAGCACAUUAACUUUUUGCUACUGCUGAACCCAGUAGCAAAGUUAACCCUCUGGCCUGUCUCACUGCUGUGUAUGUCCUUCACAAUAUAUAUAGUCUUCAUUUCCUAUUCUGUAAAAAUAAUGUGCCCAGACUGUGGCGCUGGGCGUUGUAUUGUGCAGGAGGCCUCCCAAGGGGCGGUGUCCAAGGGCUGCAAGUCCCAGCGCACCGGCUGGGCCCCGCCCUGCCCUUUCCCUUCCCACGUUCCUCUUCGCCAUGCCCCGCUUCGCCCUUCGAUAACAGGAUGGCUCCCUGCCCGGCGCCCCUAUGCCAUCGAUCCACGAGCCCGCCGUUCGCCCGACCUCCUUCGCCCCGUUCAGCGCUCACCCUCCGUUCGCCCUCAUAGUGUGCCAUCCGCUGCUCGCCUAUCCAUGUCCCGCUAA